UGACUGUACAAAUAAGGAGCAAUGGCAACGCUUUGGACUGCAGGAUGGCACGCUCUCUGAAUGAGUGGCUGUGGCAGCAUGAGUUCUGGCUGCCCCCAGGAAUCACCUGGGAGGACAUGCAAGAGUCUGAAGACGUCCAUUACCCUCAGCCUCGUGAUCUCCUGCUUAGUAUCCCUUUUGCUUUAAUCUUGGUUGUCAUCCGAUGUGCCUUUGAAAGGUAAAUUGGGCUUGCCAGCAGCCUCCAGCUGGGCUCUCUGGUGGGUCAGACGAGAUGCCCAUAUCACCCCUUCUGACCUUCGAACCCGGAUCUGAACCCUGCUGCCUCACCUGUUUUCCAGGGUGAGCUGAUCAGUUUAGCCAAACAGUGCGACCUGCCGGUGAGGAAGGUGGAGAGGUGGUUCCGGCACCGGAGGAACACAGACCGACCCAGCCUGACGAAGAAGUUUUGCGAGGCCUGCUGGAGAAUUAGACAGUUGAUAAGAGAAUUCCUCUGCCAUUCUCACAUUCAUGUUGCAUUUUCUUUCCAGAAGCCUUGGCUUUGGGACCACAGAGAGUGCUGGACAGGAUAUCCACAACAGCCUCUCCAACCAUCCCUGUUCUGGUACUACCUGCUGGAGCUCUCCUUCUACUGGUCACUAGUCUUCACCCUGCCCUUUGAUGUGAAGAGGAAGGACUUCAAGGAGCAGAUAGUCCAUCAUGCUGCAACCAUCUUCCUGAUCAGUUUCUCAUACUGUGCCAAUUACAUCCGCAUUGGGACACUGGUGAUGGUGAUUCAUGAUGCUUCUGAUUGCUUCCUAGAGCCAACUAAGAUAUUCAAUUACAUGAAGUGGAAAAAAACUUGCGACAGCCUCUUUAUGAUCUUCUCAGCUGUUUUCCUCAUCAGCCGCCUGGUCAUUUUCCCCUACACAGUGCUCUAUAACACCUACUAUUACUCCAUGGAGAUAUUCCAACCCUUCUUUGGAUACUACUUUGUGAAUGCUCUCCUGAUAAUUCUGCAGCUGCUCCAUGUCUUCUGGUCCUGCCUAAUUAUUCACAUGGUCUACAAGUUCAUCCUCCAGGGCACGAUGAAAAAGGACAUGAGAAGUGACACAGAAGAAAGUGACAAGGAUGAAGAAAGAGAAAAUAUUAGGGAAAAGGAGAAAAACGGGAUCACGUAUUUCAGCAAUGUCACAAGCAACAAUUAUAUCCAGAGGAAUGGGUCUGAGUCACUGAACAACAGAACCCAUCUCACCAAUGGCCAUGUCAAGGAAAGAUAGCUACUGUUCACGUGCUUCUGAUCUAGUCUUUAAUGAAUCCAGUCCACUGUCUUUAGAAACAGUUUUGCUCAUUGUGUAGAUAAAAUGGAGUGCAAUUGAACUAUCAUAGCUGAAUUCCUGCUUCCUAUAAACAGAAGUGUUUAUACUCAGUGAUAUUUGAAGGAAGUUUUUGGUCUUUCUUCAAUAAAAGCUUACUGUAGGCUGUAGCCUUGAAGCAGAUAGAAAGGGAUCAAAGUGGUUUGUCUUGUAUUAGACUGUAUCAUAGUUGUUGUUAAAUGUGUUAAUCUUGAAAAAUACUUAAAAAAAAAAGGUGGAUAAACUCUGGCAAUGUCAAGUCUUAACCACCUAAUGUUAUUUGGUAGGAAUCUGUUUAGCCUUGAUCAGCCUCUGGAGGCCCUGGCCCAUUGCCACUAAUGAUUAUGGCUAACAAAUAAGUGUGAGACUAAAUCUUAAUAUGGGGACACCUCUUUUGAGAAGACAGCUGCCCCAUACACACUCAGAAAAUUAAAACUAAGCAUAGUGGAAUGAAAACUUUGGAAAGACAUAGGAGAAAACAUCUUCUUCUCAAAGGAAAUGCUGCUGAGUGCCGUAUGACCAGUUUUGUAUUGGUAUGGAUCUCAGUCCCUUCUGUUGUCAGCAUUACUGCCACAAAGGUAGGAACUCAAAAGCCCAGAUUGGAGAGAGUACCCACCCAAAUCAUAGUUGGAAGAGCUGGAAAAUCCAGGCAGCUGUGUCUCAACUGUAAUCCUUUAAACCUGUCUUGGAAGGAAGCGGAGUCAGAAGAAGGGAGGUGACAAGAAACUAGAUAAUCUAGAAGACAACACUGAUUAAGUGCUUGUGUUUUCACCUAGUGUGAUUGGCACAGUGGGAAAUGUUUACAGAGUCAGCUUGUGGCAAGAAGGGAAUACAUUUCUCCUAUCCUCGGAGGAAAAAGGAUCCAGAGAAGAUCUGCUGAACCUUAUGGAAUAGUGCUUUAACAUGGCCUUCUAACUCCAGGGCCUUUGUCUAGAUGUAUCAAGAAUAGCAAGUUUAAAGCAGUAGUCCAUGAAGUCAUGAUGCAGUUCUGAUUCAGUUUGUUUAGAUGUCCUGUAUCUUAUAACCUGUGUAGUCUUAGACUUUGGAUUCCGUAAUCCCUUAAAAGAGUUAAAUUAGUAUGACAUGAAUUUCUGUUUUAUAGAUCAAUUAAUCUAUGAAACCAAAGUAUAAACAGAUUCACUGUAAUGAGUGCAGGGACUUAGACUGCCAAGGCCAUGCAGACACUUCCCAGUAAGGGCUAAUGCUAACUGGGGGGAGGACAUGGACCAAGGAAAUUCCUGACUUGAGGAGGUGGUGCACAUGUUUAAAAUUAAAAGGCAAGUGACAGCAUAGGACAAGAGGGUUUUCAGCCAUCCAUUCGGUUCACCUGAGAUGUGACUGAGAGAGCUUUGAUCUGAGCUUGUAUGUGUUCAUCUUAGGUUUCAGUCAAAAUACAUUGGAUAAUUUCAGAGCGGAAAAAAGUGGUUCCAGUGCGGGUGAUUCCAGGGCAGUAACAUGCUCUGGGAGGAGAGCAUCUGUUCCUGCAUCGUCAUUUAAAUUCAUAUUUGCUGAAGAUAGUUUGUCUCUGAAACCUUGAGCUAAUUUGAAGUUCGAAGUACAUGUUCCGUAUACUGUCAUGUUUCUUUAAUCUGAGUAAACAAUCUUGCCACUCCUUUGCAGGUGAUGUGUUCAGGAGGGAUGGUUAUAUAUAAUUUUGUACUACUGAAUGUAAACGUUCUUUAUAAAUUACUUUUGAAAGGUU